AAUUAAGUUUGUGACUUUGACCAAUUAUUCUGCAUUUUGUGUGGAUAGGUAUGUCCAGUGCUACUACAUAACAGUAAUAGUGUAGAUGGAGAGGGUUCAAUGAAACCUGGUGACUUUAUUAUUUUGCCAUUGCAGGGUAGAAAUAUAACACUGAAGUCCAGACAACCUGGAUAAUGGCAGCCAUACAUUUUUUCAACACCAAGAAGCGGAAUGGGAAGUUUAAUGAAGGAGAGAAUGAAAUUCUUGUCCGUCAAAUCAUGGCCAACUGGAAAAAAAUAUAUAUGCGUAACGCAUGCAGCUUACAAGAGAAAAAAAUUAUUUGGGAAAAUAUAACAAGAAAAGUAAAUAAACGAGGUACCUAUGUUCGUACUACUACUGCCUGCAAAAAGCGAUGGAAUGAUUUUAUAAGAAGCAUUGAAAAAAGCUUAAAUCAAAAAUUACCUCUGAAUCAUCUUCAGUCAGAAGUAUUUCAGUUUGUUAACAAUAAAAACAAUGGAAACAAAAUAACUUGGGAAAAGAUUGUUUUGAAAAUAGGUGAGUCCAAUAUAUAACAUAUAUAGCAGUUUAUCUUCCUCUAUCACUAUAUAUAUAGGCAUUAAUAGACAGUUCUCCAUAGGGUAUUUUACAUCAAAGUGGGUUUUACAUAUGUGCAUAGCGCUCCUUCUUGGGAUUUAUUUAAUAAUAUAUAUAUAUCUUAUCUCUGUGGACAACAUUGUAAUAAUUCACCUUCGAAGAACUUAAAGAUCAGAACUAUUAGAAUAAAAUAGAGAAAUAGAUUGCUUGGAGACAGAAUUAACCAACUUCCCCCCAAAAAAGGAGUAGACUAAAAAAAUUAAAGUAACACUCCAAGUACCAUAACAACUUCAUCACAAUUAACUUUGAAUGGUGCCACAAACAGUUUAACACCAAAUUCUACUUUCAAGCAUCGCUUAGCUCUGCCCUGUCCUUCAGCUGCCUGCAGAUUAUUUAAACAGGAAGCAUUGGACUGCUGCAGACAAGAGAGCUCCUGAAUGUCUGAGAGCAUUAGCUGACACUCUAAGCCAAUCGGUAGCUCCCUAUUCACAGAACGAUCUGAAAAACAUAUAUAUUUAUCUCAAACUGCUUUUAUGAAUGGGGAGGGACCUUUUGUGAUUGGUUUAACCUCUUAUGGUAAGGUUACCAUUAUAUAACAUGUUCCUUUACCUACCGAAGAAAAGGGCUUAAUAAGUUAGAAGGAAUCUAUCAAAGUUUGGAAGUGGAAACAUAACUAAAAUUCAAAUUCUCUUCUCUAAUAAUUACUUCUCAUUGAAACAAAAGAAAAUAUGUGUGCCCGAACACCCUAAAUAAUAAAAAGACGUCCCAAGUGAGAGUGUAAAACUUUUUAAAAUAAACUUUGCAGAAAGGUGUGAGUAAGAGAUUAAAUAUUCUCACAAUAACUAAUACUGGUCUUGUGUCUAAUGUGCUUUCAAACUAAGUCCUAGAUUUAAAGAAACACUGCACGACCCAUAUUAGGAAAAAAAAAUAGAAAUCACUGUUUACAGUGAUACACUCCUAAUGUAUGUAUUUGUUGGAGGUGUAUACAAUGAAUUAUUCCAUAUUAAUGACUGCAGCCUUUGCAAGCCUUUCCCUUUUUCCCUGGAAGAAAUUUUCAGUCUCUUUACAGGGAAAUAGCCAGUCAGAGGCUUCUCAUAGGCGGGCGGGAGGUAGACGCAUUCAAAUAGAGCGUGCCUGACACAUCUGUUAGCUAAAGGGAGCUAAAAGAAGCAGUAAGUACUCUGCCUGGCUUUUUAAUUGACAGCCAGAGGGGUAUUUCAUUAAUUGUUUAUAAAAGUGCUGAUUUCUAAUAGAAAUUGGUAAGUUUUUAUAACUUUAUUUAUACUUCAUUAAUAUGGGAUAUUCCUCGAUAUUCCUCGCUGAAGUGCUAAAUGUGUGUGGAGUGGUCCUGUAAUAUUGGAGGAUAAGCUCUCAAAAUGAUUUAAUAUUUUUGGAUAAACUUUUAAAAUUAUGUAAUAUUAUGAAACCUAUUUUAAUUUUGAAACAUUGAUAUUUUUUUCUUAUGAUAUAUGUUUUAUUUUAGCAUUUAGAAAAAAUAACUGUAAAAGCUUAUCCAACAAUAUUAAAUUGAGGCCUUUUUAAUAAAUCCUUUUUUUGGGGGGGUGGAAAUAUUAGACUCUCAUUGAAAACCACGUAGCGAAUUUUAUGAACUGUAAUCUUAAAUUCAUCGACGUGCAGACCUUGUAGACUAGGAUUAAGUUUAGGAUUUGAACAUAUUUUUUUUAUUUUGUGGUAUGCAUUAUUCCAUAUAUAAUAAUCCGCUAAAUUAUGUAUUUUUUUUUUUUAAAGGCAAUCCAUCUACUAUAUCUCAUAAACAAACGCGUAAACCAGAGUUGUUAAGAAGAUCCACUGGAAGUAUACCUUCUGUAUCUACGAAUGGACCAGAGAUGUUAAGAAGAUCCACUGUAAGUAUACCUACUAUACCUAUGAAUGGACCAGAGUUGUUAAGAAGAUCCACUGGAAGUAUACCUUCUGUAUCUACGAAUGGACCAGAGAUGUUAAGAAGAUCCGCUGGAAGUAUAUCUACUGUACCAACUGUACCCCGUCCUCAGACAAACGUUGAAACUGCAUUGGAGAAGUACAUCUGGUUUAAAAAUAAUUUUGAAAAGGAAAAAAAUUAUUUUCUUUCAAGCUCUCUAAAACAAAUGGAAGAACAUAGAGCCAAGGUGGCUUCCUAUUUGAAAGAACUCAGUAAAAUGAUAGAUGGGCUUAAACAUGAGGCAUCCACUGAUUCUGAUUAUAAUUGUGAUCAAAACUCACCUUCACAGCAUUUCCCUAACAUAUUUGGAUAAAAAGCGAUUUAAGUAGGUAUAAAUCCAAAUCCUUUUUAUUCUUCUUUUUUUUGAUAAUUGGUCACCAUAUAAUAUACAUUUUUAACAAACGAAAAACACAUUCAAUAAUACAUAAUUUGAUAUGAAAAAAGAGACAACCCAAGUAACUACUAAAUGGUUGAUUUCAUCUAAGCCAAAAGCAUUUUAUUUUUCACCCCUUCAUUACCUAUGCUUUGCCAUUUCUACUCAUGCCAGCCCCUCCCUUAAAAAUGAGGGAAGAUGGCAGAGAGUGAAGAGGGCAAUUGCAC